AUGGCUGCUCAGAACUCGGUUCUCUCACAGACACUCCAGGCCCUUACCACGACGAAGAUCGAAGAACUUGAGAAGCAGCGGCAGACGUACGAAGCAGCUAAAAAUAAGAUCCUCGCUUCCGCCCGCGAUGCAGGAGAUGACAUCCGCGAGCGAAUUGCUCGCCUCUACAAGGGUGCUCUAGAGCUUCAGCUUUUGCAGGAGUUCGAGUUGCAAAAUAUGGUCCGCUGGCUUGACCAAUCUCGAUACGACCCGACGGUCCCCGAGUCGAUGUUGGUGAGCUUUGAGACGGAACUUCGCUCGAGCCUAGAUCGCCACACUCGCAAACUUGACUUGGCUGAUUUGUAUUCACGUUUGCUCAUCGAAUGGGUCAGCUCGCCCGGAUCGAAUGAGCCAGAACCGGAGCUUCUCGAGGAGGGGGAGGCCUUCGAUAUUGUGCAAGAUAUCCAGAAGGAGAAACUGCAACAAUUACGGGAAAGGUUUGAAAAAGUCGUCUUUGAACCGUUGAUAACGGAUGAGAUGGAGAUUGUGGAGUAUCUAGAAUCUCUAUUCGCUGGCGAUGACAGACAACAAGCCUUAAAGCAUAUACGAUCACGAGUUAGUGAUUACGGUGAAAGCCUAUUCAACACAAACCCGCUUGUUACUAGGCCAGAGUUGAAGGCUUGCAUCAAGUCACUGUUGAGGAAUGACUUAUUGAACGACGAAAAAUCGGCGACACUUACUGAGUUUUUGCGCGAUGACACCGUCCUCGAUGAGAUUGCGAAUGUCUUGAAUCUGAGAUAUGCCAAUCUCGCCAAUUGGACUUGGAACCUAGGGGACAAUGGGAUGCCUGUCGAACCGUGGUGUGUUUUUUUGAAACGGAGAUUGCAAGGCCUCAUUAGGAAUGCAACUGUUUGGAGCAAAGGCCAGGCUAUUUCAGAGCGAGAUUUGGCCCUUCGAAGGUAUUACCUUCAGGAGAGCAAGACUCCGGGAGAACCAAGUUUGGAUGAAGAGCGUUUCGAAGUCUACAACGAGCACUUUUUCCUAGCGCCCAUGGCUACUCGCGAAUUCGAGGACGCAAGUGGCUACGAUGACGAUGACAAUGUUAAUGAUGAUGAUGACGACAAUGACAAUAUGUCCGAUACAGGCAAAUUGUCGCCAAAGGAAACUAAACAACUUCUUUUGAGGUCCCUGGCGACUGAAGUUCUUUUUGGACGAGCGUUCGACGGUGAAGUUGCAGUCGUGCAGAGCGACUUUCAGUGGUUUGCCACGGGAAUCGCCCACAGCACGGUUUUCGCAGUCCUACGAUUUAUUGGCCUCCCAGAAAAAUGGAUAGAAUUUUUCAAAAAGGUCCUGGAGCCCCCGUUGGAUAUGCUAACUGGCGAGCCAGUCAGAAUUCGUAAACGUGGACUCCCCAUGGUACAUAUAUUUGAGAAAGUUUUCGGAGAAUUGGUUUUGUUCUUCAUGGAUAUGGCUGUUAACCAACAGGCGAACAUGCUGCUAUAUCGGAUCCAUGAUGACCUCUGGCUUUGUGGGAAACCUGACAAGUGUGCAAAAGCGUGGCAGGCGAUGGAACAAUUCGCAAAAGUAAUGGGCCUGGAGUUUAACCAGAGCAAAACCGGUUCGACUUACUUAGUGGGUGAAGGCCAGCAAAGAAACUUGGAUGUUGUCAAAGCUCUCCCCAAAGGGCCAGUUGUUGUCAACUUUUUGGUUCUCGACCCUACCACCGGAGAAUGGGUGGUCAACCAAAACCAUGUCAAGCAGCAUGUCGAACAGCUGUCGAAGCAAUUGAAUGCGGCGAAUAGCGUUCUGCAGUGGGUUAAGACAUGGAAUACCUGCAUCGGCCGGUUUUUCAGUUAUACUUUUGGCGAACCGGCGGAUUGCUUUGGCCGCAAACACCUCAAUGCAAUUCUUGCAACGCAUCAAACCAUCCAGCGUACUCUUUUUAACGGCCUAAAUGGCAAUGGUAGCAACGUUGUCGAACAUGUCAAAAAGAUGAUUGCUUCACGAUUCAACGUCACCGAUAUCCCUGACGCCUUCCUCUACAUGCCCGAAGCCCUUGGGGGUAUCGGCCUUCACAACCCCUUUGUCCCACUUUCUCUUGUUAGUCCUAACAUAUGUGAAGAUCCGGGGGAACUUAUCCACGAAUUUUUGCAAAAUGAAAGAGAGACGUAUCGACUGGCAAAGCGCAAUUUUGAAGAGCUCUCCGAGACAAAUCGUCGUCGGCGCUUCCAGCAAAUCUUCCCUAAAGAUGAAGAAACCGGCAUUCGUCUCCACGCACCGUCUCGUGAUGAGGCAAAGGAAUUCCUUCCCUUCCACAAAUAUGUCGAAAUGCGAGGGUACAACAAUCCAAAGUUGCUUAAAUUAUUUCGCCAGUUGAAUUUGGCGGCAAAGAUGAGGAAAUUGAAUAGCUCCCAUGAGAUUAUCCAGGAGUUGCGGAAGGUUUCUAGAUCACUGAUUCAUCAGCCGGAAUUGUCAGUGUCAAAGAUCGACCCGGAGCUCGAAUGGUUGAUGCAGUUCCAUUUGCGUGAGCUCAAAGAGAAAUGCGGAGGAUUGAGCAUUGUGGAUCGAUCAUUCUUACCUUUAGGUAUCCUGAAGGCGAUGAGAAGGAAGAAGGUGGCGUGGCGAAUGGCGCUGUGA